AUGACAUUAGCUGCGAGGUUAUCUCCCCAAAAUGCAUGUGUGGAAGUGGGGGUGCCCCUUAACAAUUGGUCAACGGGUGUGGCAUGCUGCCCAAACUGCAGACACGAGCUUCGUGUGUCGCUAGCAACGUGCAAUGGGAAGAACCAUGCAGUACAUCCACAGACACCAGUCACUCCCAUCACACCACCUUUCACAAUCCACCCUUCGUACCUUCCACAAUCACCAUUAUAUGCAGCUCCAUCAUCACCAUUAAUACCUUCGCCAUACAAUGACGAAUUAAGGCGACUAGCGGACACUUUAAGAGCACUGAGGCUCUCCGGGUGGUACUAUGGAAACUUAGAUUGGCAGGGUGCUCGUAGCUUAUUAAAGGACGCUAGUGUGGGUGCCUUCGUUAUAAGGGAUUCAGGGGAUAGAAAUUUCAUCUUCUCACUAUCAGUUCAAACGGAAAGAGGCCCCACAUCUGUGAGACUACAUUUUGAGGAGGGCUUUUUUAGAUUAGACUGUGAUAGGCCGCUGGCGAGGUAUAUGCCGCGCUUCAGAUGCGUUGUCGAGCUGGUGCAGCACUACACGCGCGUCGGCGACAGGGGUGCUGCCGGCACGGUGUGGGUCGACCGUGAGGGUUGCACACACUCGCCUGUAUUACUCAGGACACCCCUACGAAAAACCCCACCUACGCUGCUACACGCCGCCCGGCUGGCUGUCCACAAAGCGCUCUCCAACCCCCUAAGGCCGAAAAUUUGGUGCGCUCCCAAGCACAGGCUCUUACCUCUACCAUCGACUCUCAUAGACUACCUCGGCGAAUAUCCGUACUCGAUC